CGCGACAGACGACAGCCAUCCGUACUAUGGAUGACUAAUUUCAGACUUGCAGGGUUGAGUAGGAGUGACGACAAGUUAUAUAAAAGGAGGGCAUGCCUAGUGUCUCACUCAUGCAAGCCAGUACAAUCAAGGACGAAUCUUUCUGCUCCCGAAACCAGAGUGUUGGUGCCAAGGCCUACGUUUUCACUCUCUCGGAGACGAUGAAUCGAGUCUUGUUUGGAGUUGUCCUAGCUUCUCUGGCUUGUAGCGUGUCCAGCAUCCCCGCAUUUUGCUCGUCUUCGGAUGAGUUCAACAAUGUGGUUUCAACCUGCUUGGGCAACAACGGAGUGUUGAAGUAUUUUGACAUUAUCAAGAAAGGACUCCCGAUACCGAAAAACAACAACUAUCGGCAGCUCUGCAACAGAACUGAUGAGUAUGCUGACGCAUUGGAAUGCUCAGCUAAGGUGCAUUUAAUGUGUUCUCCAGAUAGAAGCUUCUUAUAUAAAACAAUGAGAUCGGAGGCCUUGAGAGAGAUCAAUUGGAUAUGCAACGACACCAAAUUAAGAACAGACUGCAUUGGCAAUGCUUUUAGGGAUGACUUGGUAGAGUGUGAAAAAGGCCAGUAUGCAUUGCAAGAUAAAGGUAUCUCGCGGACGUGCAGAUCAAUGAAAGCUGUAGCUCUCUGCUUUGUAGGAGAUGUGAGGAAAUGCGAUGAAUACACCGCGCAGAGCAGGAGAAGGUUUCAACAAGAAGAAAACGAAAGAUUCUGCAGUGCCGGUCCUCGUAUGUCUUACAGCACAACGCUUACUCUCAUUCUACUCGUUGCCUUUGCUGUCUGGCAAAAAUCUUGAAGAGAUGACGCAUCCAGAAAAAAGGUUUACCAGUCACGACGGACCUGGUGUGUUUCAUCAAAGCUGAAAAUCUGUGAAAAGUUUAAAUGCUGAUAGGGGCAAACAUUUAAAGCAAACUUAUAACAAAAUUCGUAUUCUUGAGAACAAACUACGGUAUGGUAUGUUAAACGAUUCUGCUUUAUACAGUUGGACCUGUGUAAAUCAAACUAGUAUUUCAAUCUUUUGAAGGUCCUUUAAAAAAAACAAAUGAAUGAACUUAAAUCAAUUACUAGUUUAUUUUCCUAUUUUACCUCCAAAAUUGUUUCAAAUCUGCCAUAGAAUAAAUGUACCCAAGGGUUCCGAAAAAU